GAUGCUUCCAGCCAGUGGCCAGGCAGGGCCCAUACCCCCAGGCUACUUCAUCCACCCUGACACGGGACGGGUGCUGCCCGAGGCUGGAAAUCUGGGAUAUGAUGUGCAGGAAGCGACCCUGGUGCCCACCACUGACCGCAGUUCUGGUGGCGUCCGAACCUCAGAAGCUGCCAUCCUCCCCUACGUGCCCUACCCGCCCUGUCUUGCCACAGGCUCCCUGCCAGCCAUCCGCCUGCCUGUCCUGCAGCUGAGACGGACAUCACAGUCAGGGGCUCUCAUGACGGACCCCAUAACGGGCAUCGAGGUGCCCGUGCUGGCUGUGACUCUGCACCUGCAAACGAGGCAGUGGCUCACUCUUGGGGGGACGUACCACAAUCCGCUUACCCAGACUCUGGCCCCUUUGGAGCUGGGGGGCCCCAUGGAGGAUCCGGUCACAGGAGGCAUCUCGCCGAUCCUGGGAGUCGGGCUGGAUGAAAACACAGGUCAGGUGCUUGCACUGGGAGGACUGCGAGAUGCCUCGGGGAACCUCCUGCUGCCUGGUGACAGCUUUGUGGAGCCACUGAGCAGGAAGCCAGUCCGGCUCCAGGGGGCUUCCCGACAGGAGGGCCGGACUGUGCCCCAUACAGGAGGGCCCCAGGACCUGCUGGACGCCAACGUGCUGGCAGCCCAGAGCCGAGUGAUUGCAGUGCUCCGGAGCUCCCAGGAGAUGCCAGGGCCGAGGGCACAGGGGCUCCUGGAGGCUGCCGUCAAGGACAUGAGACAGGCGCUGGCCCUGAGCCUGCACCACCUCCUGCAGCAGGCCUGGCGGCUACAGAGACAGCAAAAAGCAGCGGAGAACCUGGAGGCCAGCGGCGGCAGGAUAGGGGCGAUGCGCUAUCCGGGGACAGCGCUGUGGGUCCCGGCCCUGUAUGGGAUGGAGAUCCCAGACCCUGCGGGCUCAGGGCUCAUGGUGCCCGUCCUGGGCAUGGAGAGUGACGGGGAUGCUGGCCAUGCCACACCCGUGGCAGGUUCGAUGGAAGACGCGGAUGGCAAAGGUCUGGUCCCAAUUGCAAUUGGGGCACAAGCCAUAGACCCCUUGACUGGGGAACCCGGUCCCGUCGUUGGCGCUCAAACGGACCCUUCCACUGGGAUUGUGGUGCCUGUUGUCCAGGUGCUGGAGGCCUUACCCCGGGGAGUGAGAGACCCUGGUCUGCUGGACACCCUGGAGAAGGAGCUGAGGGCGCGGGAGCAGUACUGGCACUGCCAGGAGCAGGAAGAGGGUCGGCUGGCGGAAGAGCUGGGCGCUGCAAGCCCGGGACUGCUCUCCACGCCCGGCGAAAUCCCAGGACUGCGGCUGAGGGCCGCUGAGGAGGCCUGCAGAGCCCUGGAGGCCCGCUGCCUACAGGAGACCCAGAGGAGAGCCGGAGCCCUGAGCGGCCAGAGCAGCAAGAGAGAGCGGGACCUGCUCGCUCAAGCGGACAGAGAGGAGUGGGAGCAGGAGGCGCGGGUGAUGCUGAGCCUGCAGCAAGUCCUGCAGAGUUUAGGGCAGGCCGCGGAAAAGCUCAGGCAAGCGGUAGGCCGGCUGCGGGGCCAGGAGGAGGAGAUGCGGCUCCAGUGCAGCAGGGGUCAGAGCCCGCAGGUCUGGGGCCGCUCCAGGAAGGUGGUCCAGCAUCUCUCCAAUGAGCUUCAGGAGGUGGUGAGGGAGAGGCAGAGCGCCCUGGAUAGGGCCCUUGGUCAGCUGCAGUACCAGCGGGAGCUGAGCCGCCUCCAACUCUUGCACAUCCAGAUUGUUGCCUCGGGGACCCCUGUGUGUUUGGAGAAUUACCCUGGAGACAGGUUUUAUGGAACCAUCACCACUUCUCCCAGGGACCAGGCUGCUGCCUGCCCCCUGUUGAUUCCUUUCCUGAAGAGCCUCACUGCAGCACUAAUGGGAGAUCAAGGCCACGGCCUAGGACUGGAGGAUGGGGGACCAGGAACAGAUGCAGAUAAAGUUGACAUCACAUGGACCUCACCACUCUUCUCUGCCCUGAGGAAAGUAGACAUCAGGUCCCAAGCUCUCAGGGAUGAAGCUGAACUGCAAGGACAGGUGCAUCACAAACCAGCCCUCAAAAGCUCUUUGCAAGAUCUCCCCAAACCUCAGAUAACGCAGAAGGAAGAGCUGAUAACUGUGCCGUCCACAGACCUCUCUGCCAGGGAAUUCGUGGUUUACCAGCAUGGCCUCUCCAUCCUACACCUCCUCAUCCCCCAGCUUCAGGCUCCAGAAAUCACCCUGCAGAUUGCUUCUUGUCUUCCUGCCAUGGAAGCCUCAGACAAUGCCUUCCAAGGUUCCUUCUUCUAUCAGGAGAGAGUGUUUGGCGUCAGUGGGAAGUUUUGUUCUGCUGUUGAUCCACUGCCUGGCCCACGUCGCUGCCGAUGACCUCCACCAGGACUCCAACCCUGCCUUUCUGAGGUCAUUUUACAAGGGGCUGCAGGCCUAUUUCAGGGAAGCAUUCUCUAUCACUCUACAAAUGUUGACAGUUUCCCAGGACAGUAAACUUGGCCAAAACAUAAGUGCUCUUCUGCUGGGAGAGCAGCCCGUCUCUGAAAGAGGAAGA